GUGAGGUGUAGGUGAUGCUUGGUGACCUGAAGAAUGACAUACUGGGAUGAAAACAGGUACAUGAUGUGAUGAUGUGACUCCUGUGUUGCUGGGUAGGUGGUUCUGUGCCUGGUAACUUGUCAAUAUUUAUUACUGAGGUUUAUACCACCUUGCUUGUACAAAAGAGAUGCUAGCUUUCACAAUAACCUAACUUCCUUACCUAAUAUAAUGUUAAAGUCACAGUGUUAAUUCUAAUAUUAUUAACAAUUUAAGUCUACCUAAAAUCAUCCCUAAGAUUUAAAUCUAUCGAUUUGCACACUAUUAUUUUAAUGUUUUUGUUGGGGUAAGGAUGCAUUAAGGAUCCCCACGACCUCAACACCAAAUUAUUUACAUCAACUCAGGCUAUAGAAUUUUUUGGUACGAAUAAAUUUCCACAUUCACCGUCACUCAGUAACUAUCUUACCAGAAGUGUUCUCCAUCUCGAAGAAGGACUUUCACCAUCACUCACUCAAUAACCAUCUUUACAGAGGAAAUUCACCCUUUUAAAAAUAUUUUCCUGUGCACUCAGGGGCCAUGCUGUAGGAGAGUGCACUGAGACAAGUGACAACCAACAACAACAACAGUCACCUCUGACACUCAAUGCUGGUAGUUGUCGUCGACACUGUACACUGUUGCUGGGCCUGGAGGAAGGUACCACACAGGACGUACAAUGUACACUGAAUGGUGCCACCAUCACCGCCUCUACCAUGGCUGCACUUGCUCACCACCAACAGUUUGAUUGUUCUGACACUACCAUGCAUCCUAUCUUCCUAGCUAUCAAGACAGGUGACAUGGAAGUCCUGCAGGAUAUCCUACAGAAGGAGCCUGAGGUUGUCAACAGUGCCAGGUAUGGCGGCUCCUCCCCUCUCCAUGCCUCUUGUGGCACCAAGGACAUCUGGGUCUUAAAAGAGCUACUCAGCCAUGAUGCUAAGGUGGGUGAAGUGAAUGGCUUGGGUCAGACAGCGUUACACCUGGCUGUGAGUGAAGGCUGGCAUGAGGGUGUGGCUCAACUGCUGCAGAAGGGUGCUUCACCUGACAUGAUGAGCCAGCCUCCACCCACCAUCAAAGGAGUGCGUGUGGAGACUCCACUACACAGCGCAGCACGGCGAGGCGACCUCACUUCCACUGUGUUGUUGUUGCAGCAUGAUCCAGACUUCACGCUGAGGGACAGUGACCAUUGCUCCGUCCUUCACUUGGCUGUCAAGUCUCGCAGUCUUCAAGUCGUCCGUUACCUUCUCAAGGAUAAGAGGAGUCACAGACUAAUGGCCGGUUGUGACUAUGGCGGCAACAGUGUGCUACACAAGGCUCUACUGAUGGACUGUGAUGCAGGCAAGGAAUCUACAGUGGAGGAGAUUGUAAAGGAACUCGUCAGGGCCGGCGCUAACGUCAACGCCAUGAAUAAACAGAGCGAGUCUCCACUUUACUUAGCUGCACAUCAUCGCAUGUCGAAAGUAGUGGAGGCACUGAUUUCCCUGGGAGGAGACCCUACACUGGUGACCCAGCGGGGACAGUCAGUAUUACACGCUGCCUGCCACCGGGGUUGUGCUGCCUGCCUCAACACCCUCUUGGCCACCAGCCACAUACAACAUCUAGUUACAGCACCAGACAAUGAAGGUCGAGAACCUUUCCAUUAUGCUGUGCACAGCGGAUCCAUCGACUGUUGUGAGCUGCUCCUCAACCAUGGCGACCACUUGACACGAGUAGACAGAGAUGGUAUAUCACGCUGUUCUCUCAUCCUAGAGCACCUCCCUUCUGCGACUCAGCUCCUCAGACGUCUGUUUGAUGCUCAUGUCCGUCUCUCCAACAAUGCAAAACAUGACGCAGACUUUAGAGUCACCUUCGACUACUCUGUCUUGUCCUCAGAGAAGGAAGGCAUCCAGAGUUCCCUCGUGUCAGAGCUUACAAACUCACGUCUUGAACCUCUUCUCAAACAUCCACUUCUGGAGAGUUUUCUCUUCAUUAAGUGGCGUAAAAUCAAACCUUUCUUUUACAGUAGUGUCUUAAUUUAUUUUGUAUUUCUCCUUAUGCAUACUAGUUUUAUCAUAAUGACAUACGGCGGUAACUCGUGGAAGUGGCAGGAGCACACUGAUAGCCUUGCCAUCUUUUUUAUUCUACACAUUAUCAUGUUUCUGCUCAUUCUUAUCCCGGAUAUGAUCUUCAUGUUUGCAAACUUUAAAAAAUAUAUAAAACAGUGGGAGACACUGACCAAGACCAUUGCUCUGGGGAGCUCUGCCGUUGUUGUGUUUUCUCAUAUCAUUCCUUUCGAAGGUGUUAUAGAAGUGUCAGACAAUCUCGGAAAAAAUGAUACAGCAAAUGACACCACGAACCAGUCAAGCACAUACGAAAGCUUCUUACCAAAUAUGACAUACAGUGUAUUCUUCGUGGAAAGAUACACUGACAGUCACAUUGAGAAUCCGGUUGUGCGGCGCUCUGCUGCUAUUUCUGCAUUCUUCUGUUGGGUUGAGUUCAUGAUGUUACUGGGUCGCUUUCCAUCUCUCGGCACGUAUGUCCUCAUGUUCUCCCGUGUGGCCCAGUCCAUCACUAAGUUCAUUGUAGCAUUCUUUAGCCUUAUCAUAGGCUUUGCUAUAAGCUUCAUGGUUAUAUUUCAUAAGAAGGAGGCUUUUAUAAGCUUCCCUCGCAGCCUGGUGAAGACUCUCAUGAUGAUGAUUGGUGAGAUUGACUACAGCAACCUGAUGGAGGAUCUUGAGAUGCCAAUCAUGACCUGCCUCUUCUUGGUCUUGUUCUUGUUCCUGGUGUGUGUGCUGAUGGCCAACCUCUUGAUUGGUCUGGCUGUAAACGAUAUCCCGGACCUUCAGCGCCAGGGCAAGAUCAAGCGGUUAUCGAAGCAAGCCUCUUACUUGGUAUCUUAUGAAAAAUUGAUGCUUGUAGCCCAUGCCUUGCGCUGCUUCCCUCGCCAGCUGCGCAUAAUGAUGAGCAGCCGUUGCAGAAUCCCUCAGGUUGUACACGUUCUGCCAAACAGACACCGCAGCUCUUCCCGUAAGAAUGUAGAACAGUACGUUCCCUCAGAGACGCUACAGGAGGCAGUCCUUCUCGGUAACCGUGAAGUUGCAAAUGACGACAUAAACAAUAUUGAAGAGAAUGAUCUGCUAGUACAGCUUAAAUCAUUCAAGUUAAAAUACACUCAUGAUCGUGAGGCCUUGAACCGCAGGUUAGCACAGCUGCCAGACAGCGCUGCCUCAGAGAAGAUUCUCAAAGAACACCUUGAUCAGAUUGUGCAAAUAGUACAAAACCAGUUAAUGCAGCUCUCUUUGCAGAUUCAGCAACAUAACCAGAACUGCAAUACUCAACAUCUAACAACAGCACCACUGCAGCACUUAAGAGGGCCAUCACUGCAGACACAGCAGUACGGCACAGGUGUUGUGAGCGGGACCCAACACAGUGGUGAUUGCCAGGGAGGCAGUACAAGUUCCUUUCAACAGUCUCCUGGUACAGAGUAAAUACUUAAACACUCUGUUCACUCUAAUACAGAAUCCCAACAUUCUCUUCCUGCAAUGCUACCUCAGCUUGUUCACACGUACACACACACACAACACACACACACACACACACACACACACACACACACACACACUCAGUCUUUCGAAGUAUCCAAAGCCAAUCUGUGUCUCAGGUGUUCAACAAAAGUGUAUACAUUAAACAGUUUAUUACCGUUCUAACUUGUUCUGCUAUCAAAACUUUGUGGCCCAGCCCCUGGACCCAUUAUGUGCCUCUGUAAUGUUAAGGUACAGUACCUGGACCAAUUAUGCACCUCUGUAAUGUUGAUGUACAGUCCCUGGACCCAUUAUGUACCUCUGUAAUGUUAAUUAAGGUGCAGUCCCUGGACCCAGUAUGUGCCUAUGUAAUGUUAAGGUACAGUCCCUGGACCCAUUAUAUGUCUCUAUAAUCUUUUGACUACCAUCCACAGGAUGGGUAUUGGGUACAUAAUAAAGAUAUUAAACUGGAAAACUCAAGAACAGUGUCUCAGCAGCUUGUUCAAAUGCAGUCAAUACUUCAGUAGUACAGUGGAACCUUGACUUACAAGUGUCCCAACGUAAAAGUUUUUCGAGAUACAAGCGGUUGCUCGGUCAAUUUUUUGCUCUGAGUUACGAGCCAACCUCCAAGUUACAAGCCAGCUCCCCACACUUUCCCUCAAUCCAAAACCUGAACACCUCUCUUAUUUAUCUAUGAUUUCAUGCU